CUUUAGAAAGACACGUGAGCGCCAAGACAAAGCGUUCUUCUGCUARCUGUUAAAUUUGUAAACUACUUUGGAAAGUUCUCAAAACAKUUGACCAGCCUUAACGCCGGAGCCAGGAUUGUCAAAGAUUUCCGUCCUACUGUUCUCUUGGAAGCUGACUUGAUAAGAGAUCUGUUGGAGCAAGAAGUGGGAAACUUGAAGAACGCGAGUUAAACGACACUAAGUUUCAAGAGCAAUUGAAAGUCUAAUUUGUGGAAUUAUAAACCCCAUUUGGUGCGCGAUUUCUUGGAUAAGGCGCCGGUCCAUUUCAAGAAACUACUGGACUCGACUUGUGACGCUGGACAACACCCUGGUGAAGACGUUUUAUCCCUCUGACUAAAAAACUGGUGAACAGUUUGACUUGAUUGAAUAUGAAGUUAAUCAUUUUAAUUGCUGUUGUUCUAUUGGCAAUUGGCUGUCGUGCAUUGGAAAUAGACCUGUUGGAACCUAUUGAUAAAGAUCCAGCCAAGUACGGUCUACGACCUUACAAUACCGAUAAAGGAAUUGCGUUCCCCAUGACGCUGGCCAAAAAACUCGUUGCUCCAUUAACAAUGCUUGAAAGCGCCAUUAUAAACAUCGAAUCAUCUAAAGAAUUUGUCAUAUAUUGUGAUGUUAUGUUAUCUUCUUCAUCGACUGGGGCAUUAUUUUCCAUUACGCAUACCCCACCGACUGGUCGGAAGACGUUUCUUAUCGAUAUAACAAUCCGUGGACCUCGAGAGAAGUCAUCGAAAAAACCGAAGCUAGCUUUGAAAUAUCGACUUCUUAAUGGAUCGACUGACACAAUCAUAUUUAGGGAAGGAAUUGAAAAGCUGUACGACAGGGCUUAUCACUCGCUAGCUCUUCAUAUCUAUGACUCUGGAUUGAAGUUCUCUCUUGUUGACCUGCAUAUUGAUUGUGUAAUGACGGAGCGCAAACAAACGCACUCGCCUAUAUCGCUCGUGUUCUCGUACGGUGGAAUCCGGCUUAAAGCAAUGCAGUUUAGAAUAGGACAAAGAGGAUCGAGAGAUAGAACAUCUCUUAAAUUUAAGCAAAACCACCAAUACAACCUCGUGGUACGGAGAUUAUGACUCAAUCAAUGAUGAUUCAGAUAGAGGGCUGGAUUAAAGACUUGCGUUACGAUUUUAGUGCUCAGGUAUCAGAAAUAAAGUAUCUGCGGAAGAUUGUCGAAAGUUGUCAAAUGUGUAGAGCAAGAGACUUCUGUAAAUUCAAACCGUGCUAUCCCGGUGUCCCUUGCUUCAAUGAUCCUUACAGCGAGAUGGGCUUUGAAUGUGGGGAUUGUCCACUUGGUAUGGACGGGAAUGGCGUAAAUUGUACAGACAUCGAUGAGUGUCACGCCAAUCCAUGCUCUGCAAUCACGGAGUGUCAGAAUCGUAGUCCUGGAUACUGGUGCCCUCCGUGUCCCGCUGGCUUUAGGGGUAAAGAAGUCUAUGGUAUUGGAAUUAGAUUUGCUCACACAAAUAAGCAGGUAUGUGAAGAUAUCAAUGAAUGUAAAGAAGGUACAGCCUUGUGUUCUCAGCAUUCUAAGUGUUUUAACACUGUGGGUAGUUACCAGUGCUCGCCAUGUCCACCUGGGUACACAGGGGACCCACGCACAGCAUGCAUCUUUCUUGACUAUUGUAGCAGCGAUAAUCCAAGAAGCAACCCAUGCAGCCUUUACGCUGAUUGUAUUCCUAAGAAAGGAGGUCGAGACUACAAAUGCCAGUGUCAAACCAACUAUGCAGGCGAUGGUCAUUUCUGUGGACAAGAUACAGAUCGAGAUGGUAUCCCUGACUUGGCUUUGAACUGCACAGCUAUGGAAUGCAAAGCGGAUAACUGUCCAUACAAAUCMAACCCAAACCAAAACGACCUUGACAGGGACGGCCGAGGAGAUACAUGUGACGACGAUAUCGACGGUGAUGGCAUUAGAAAUGAAAUAGAUAACUGUCCCCGUAUACCUAACCCAACACAACGUGACAGUGAUCGUGAUAACCUUGGUAAUGAUUGUGACAACUGUCCUUACCGCAAGAACCCAGUACAAGGAGACUUGGAUCAAGAUGGCCUUGGUGAUGCAUGCGAUUCAGAUAUCGAUGGCGAUGCUGUGCCGAAUAACUAUGAUAACUGUAAAAGUGUGUACAACCCUGAACAAAAGGACACUGAUCGAGACAGGUUGGGUGAUGCAUGYGAUAAUUGUCCAACAGUGAAGAACAGAUGGCAGAGAGAUACAGACGGUGACUCAUUGGGUAACGAGUGUGAUAAGAACGUGGACGAAGAUAAGGACGGAGUGGAUGACUCCAUUGAUAACUGCUUGAAGGUUUCCAACCCUGGUCAAAUCGACAACGACGACGAUGGCAUAGGUGAUGCCUGUGAUGAUGACGAUGACAAUGAUGGCAUUCCAGAUGUCAGUGAUAACUGUCCUCUUGUUGCGAAUUCAAUGCAACGAGAUCUCAAUGGUGAUGGUUUCGGAGAUAAAUGCCAGAGUGACAAGGACGGAGAUAGAAUACCUGACUAUCUCGACGCCUACCCAUUCAACAGACACGAAUUUGCUACGAACUUCAAACGACUCCAGAAAGUGCUGAUUAACCCAUCCGAACGAUCAGGCAAGGACCCCAUAUGGCUGGUUGAUGCCAAGGGUAACACAGUCAGAGAAACUGAAGACAGCAACCCUGGAAUUGCACUUGGUUACACUCGAUUUACGGGUGUGGAUUUCUCCGGAAUCCUUCAUGUGGACACAAACCAUGAUGAUGAUUUCAUUGGUUUGAUUUGGAGUUAUGUUGAUAAUAAACACUACUAUGCCAUGGUAUGGAAACAGUCUGACCAAGUAUAUUGGAACAUGAGCCCUUUCCGRGCGAAAGCAUCUAGAGGGGUGCAAAUUAAGUUGAUUMAUUCUAAAACUGGUCCUGGAAAAGCAUUACGAAAUGCAAUGUGGCAUACGGGCGAUACUAAAGAUCAGGUCAAACUGCUUUGGUCAGACAAAUCAUAUCAAGGAUGGAAGGACAAAACGCGUUACUACUGGAAUUUGAUUCAUCGGCCUUCKAUCGGUCUCAUAAGGUUAACCAUCAGAACCGAUCAAAAUGAUAUCGUAGAUACUGGUAAUAUAUACGACGAUUCAUUACCCGGUGGUAGACUGGGUAUGUACGUCUUCUCACAAGCUCAAGUCGUAUGGGAAAAUAUGAAAUACGUUGCUAACGAAACAAUUCCAGAAUGGGCUUCCAAAGAAUCUAGAAAAAGAAAAAGAGGCACGACUAUCCUUUGAAAGAAGAAAAUAUCAACUCGUUCAACUAUAAAUUAUACGGAUUUCAAGUAAAAUUAGCUGUCAUAACAAGCGCGCAGCUCCUUUAAAGGCAAAAGAUCUUAUUCARAGAAAAGCCUAUUCCGAAGGCCCAAUAAAACUCGAAACUUUCAUUUGUAUCAUAAUCGAUGUAAAAUUGCAAAGAAUAUAAAAUUGGAGUCAUAAUAUUGUUAAAUGUAAAUAAGCAGUGGACAAAAGGACAAAAAUAUCAAAGAAUAUCGAGGACGCGAUGUCAAGGGAACAGUGGUGAAGUCAGUGGUUCGAAUCCACUCUAAAUACUUCACUCUGAAAAAGAAGUCAGCAGCAAAUUCAUCAAAGAGGAGGCCUAGAAGACACGCCUUACGAUGAGUUUAAGCUGAUGUACUUGGCAAGGCGUUGGUAAUUGAUAACGAGUGGCGUUACAUACAAGGACAAGUUCAAGAAAACGUUYUYCUUAUGAGAACGUCUUGUUUUCGUCUGUCACUUCUAAAACUGAAAUGGUUCAGAAAACUCACUURAUUCWACGUCAAAGMUCUUGCAGUCAGAUUAUACUGACCGAAAAGAUCGCCAAGUUUUCUAGAAGUUUUCUUAAAACAUUCUUGCACAACUAUAUAUCUAUAAAUUAAAUAUAAAUUAAAUAUCAAAAGGCCAGGAUAAUAGCAAAUUCUAACCUUUAGCUUUGAAUAGAGUGCAUGCAGUCAUUGUAUCCGUGAAACGUUUUGUAAAUAGCAAACUAUUUCACGGUUAUUGUAACUGCACUCUAUAUUAAUUGAGGUUUCAGUUGUAAAUGGCAAAGCGAUCUUAAGACAGGUAGGGGACAAAUGCCUUUAUAAUUUGUCUGUAAAACAUAAAAGUAAAACUCCUCAACAUUUUUUUGGGAAAAGUGAAAAUAAAUAAUGCUCUACUAAAUAAUUUCUCCAUUCUCCCUUCAUAAGAGACGUGMUUUCUGGCAAUCUGACAAAAUGGGGAUUGGAUAAAAAUAUAUAUUAAGUAUUUAGCUUAUAAAAUAUGUAUAAUACUUAAGUGAAUAAAAAACACUUCGAAAUAAGUUCACAUUUA